AUGGCUGAUAAUCUCCGCCGCCAGAUCCAAGAUCUCGAUUUGGGUGCCCUCAAUGACCCAAUCCUCCUUUCUGUCGAUGUAGUUGAGCAAGCGGCUGCGGAGAAUCAAUUCAUUUUAAUCGGUCGUCCAACAAUGCCAUGCCGCCAAAAUUUGCGAUCCAUCAUCGCUGUCCUUCCCUGGAUCUGGAAUCAACCGAAUGUUCAUGGCCGUAUCAUUGACGGAGGCCGAUUUCAAUUCAUUUUCCCCUCGGAGGAAUCCAUGGAGACGGUCUUGCGUAGAGACCAUGGGCUUUCGCCGAGCGCAUGGUGGUACUUCAGCGAUGGACUCCGUAUCUGA